AUGGGUGGAGGUUUAUCAAAGCAGGAAGAGUUGUUUCUGCUCGGCCAAUGGCCUGAGCUCCUAGAAAGCGCCAUGAGCACCGAUGCUGAAAGGUCCGAUGAAGGCGCUGACAGUGAUAGGCAUUCCUCGUCAAAGUUCCGCAUGUCUUUUCAUGAAUGGCAGGCCCUCAUCUCCCUGCUCGAAGGCGCGCUGCCCUCUGAGGUGCCGUCACGCAUCUGCGCGGGCAUCCGGGGCCCGCAGCUCAUGAGCCCAAUUGUUGCCGUCAUGGUACACGCCUGUUGCUGGGCGGAUGGAAGCGUCAGUGGCGCGAAGUUCGUCGAGUGCCUUACACUCCUUCAAGAUGACCUGCAGUCACAGGAUGGCGCUCCGAGGCAAGGGAAGCGCUCCAAGGAGGAAAAGGCCGAGCGGGAGUUUGUGUACGCCGCUCUCCGCGUCCUCACCGGCCUUGCGGCACGGCGAAAAAAAACAUCGGCUCAGAGUUGCGUAGCUAAAGUGGGAAAUGGGGAGGUUAACAGCCUCAUCGCGUGGGGUGGCUCCAAGAGACCCGUUGUUGUGCUUGCGCACGCCUUCAUCAUCGGAGCCCUUGCCUGCGUCCACCCGGAGCCGUGCUACGCCGAGGCCGCCAUCCACGCCUUUCGCAAGCUGCAAGAUACGAUGAAUGAGGCAGUGGCCUCCGCUUCGCGUGAGAGACGAGGUGGAAGGACUGCCGCAUGCAGCGUCGCUGAGUGGCAAGCUGUGCGACGGCUGGAAACCGUCCUUGUGCGUCGCCAACAAGAGAACGAUGUUGCCGACCUUCUCUCGACAAAAGAUCGAUGGUGGCUUCCUUCGAAGGCGACGGAGGCGCAAGCGUCGUCCACGCAAAGCCAAGAGGAGCGUUGGCAUGCGGUGUCUUCGCACUACAUUGGCCAGCAGCACGUAUGGGCAACUUUGAAGACGCACUUCUUGACCUCGAGCGUUUUCAACGCCGAAAAACCGACGGUGAUUCUCCUCUUUGGUCCGUCAGGGUUUGGUAAAUCAGAGUUGGCGCGUCGCCUCGCGUGCGUGAUUCACGGUGUUGAACCCGACGAGGUGGAGAGCAGUGGCAAGUUGGUUUAUAUACACCUCCCAUCCUUCUGCACACGUGAUUCCAUAUACUCGCUCGUCGACCCACCGGCCGCGCACGUUGGGGAAGGCGUUUUACUCUCUGCGCUCCGCAGGAAUGAUGACGCCGUUGUUGUCCUUGAUGAGUUUGAAAAGGGCACCGCAGACGCCAUUCAAAACCUCUGGCUUUCCGCCUUCCAGAAGAAGGGUACGCUCCGCUCGUUAAAGGAAGCGUCACGGUCAAUAUCAACAGAAAAAGUGACCUUUGUUCUCACGUGUAACAUUGCCGCUGAUAACAUCCUGCGUCGCGAGGAAGAAUACUUGCGGGCCACUGCAGAGGAGCAGGCGAACAUGCGCGAAGAGUGGAUCAAUGUGUGUAGAGAGGCGUGUCGAAGGACCAUGCAUGAUCCUUUUGUCAAUCGUGUUGAUUACUUUUUUCCUUUUGUCCCAUACACGGAGGAGGAGAAGCGGCAGUUUAUUCACCUGCAGCUUCGUCGAAUUUUGCUUGAUCAACGUGCGAAACACCGUUGUUUUUAUGUUACACCUCGCAUGGUAAAAGCCCUCGCAAGGAAACUGCAAACGUUUCAUGCUUCAACCAUAGAGGGUGUGGUGCGUCCGUUGCUUCUGGAGGCGAUGCGGAAGAAGUGGGAUACCGCCGUUUUUACCGUGGUGGAGUAUACCAGUGGCACAGCGUUUGUGGCACUUCCCGCAACGGGCAACUCCAAUGGCGCUGCAACGUGGAACUCCCUUCCUGGAGCCAAGCGUGCGCUGGAGCUGUGUGAGGAGCCCGCCGGCGUGGCAAGAGAUGAAACUCCAGUAGAGAAAACUCCGACCGACGUGGGGUCUGGCACCAAGAGUGGUGAUGCCAUUAGUCGUAGUAGUAUUGCGCCCAGUCGGAAAAGUGUGGCUGCGCCUCAUCAACCCACCUUUAAGACAAGCUUUUUAGAUCUAGAUACAAGCGCGGGGGCAGAGAAGAAAUGUACUCUGCAGCUUCAGACCACUCUAGAGAAGGAGCUGCAAGUGGAAUUGAAACGCACGAAGGAGCUACUGCUUGUGAAGGAAAAAGAAAUCGCAUACUUAAAGGAAAAGGUCUUCCAGCUUGAGAAGAUUCUGGCCUUUUUUCUGGCCACCACAAUUACCUGCCUACUGCUGCUCUCCUUUCUUGUUGGUAUGAAAACUGUCCUUGUGAUGGGGUUUUUGCUUGUCGUGGCCCUUUGGUUGCUUGUGGAAAUGCCACUGCAGCUAUUGAUGGGAGCCGUUCGUGUUUUGUAUGGCGUUCUUGGGCCCUUCGGCUCUACCCUUGCGGUGUUGCUUGCAUCGUUCUGGGCAUCACAGGCACUGCGAAACGCUGCGGUCUGCUGA